AUGACUAUUGAAGAAGCAACAAGACUGGCAAAAAAGAUUUAUCACACAGCAGAAAUUACGAUAGAUUUUAAAAGAUAUAGUCUAGUCGAUACGAUUGGUAUUCCAGAAUCUAGCACAUCAGAUGUAAUCUGGAAUAAAUUAAAAAAGAUUGAAAAUAAAUCAUCUGAAGGAGUAGUCGCAUAUAUUUUUGUAUUAGAAGGAGGAAGAUUAACACAACAUGAACUUUUAUUUAUUUCUAAAUUAUUCACGAGAUAUCCAAAUACACGUAUAAUAGUAGUAUUCACAAAAGUACGUAAAUCGUUAAUAUUAUCGCGUAUGGAAAUGGAAAAAACCUUUAACACACAAAUAUCAACAUUAUUAUAUGGUAUAAAAAAUCGAUGGAUCGUAAUGCCGAGUCUAGAUUUAUUUGGUAAUAAUGAUCAGGGUAAAAUUGUAAUUAAAGAUUUUGUUGAUGAGUUGAAAAAAAAGAUUAUGGAAGUAAGAGAUAAUGAAAAUGUAAGAAAAGAAGAGGUUAACAACCCUAAUGCACGUGGAGAAACUCCCGCAAAAUUCGGACGCAGAGAGAAGAUUUUUUACGCAAGUUCUUGUGCAUGUGUUGUUGUUGUUAUUUUUAUAGUAGUAAUUCUAACCCAUCGCAAAAGUUAA